AUGAAGAUUUCGACAGGCAACGUACCCGUCUAUACCAUCAGCGGUAGCGAGGCGCGUCCGCUUCCAGAAUGGCUUAUCCGGAAAAGAAAGCGCAGUCUGAAGAAUGACCCCGAAUUCGCAAACCGCGUCGACUUGCUACAAGAUUUCGAGUUUGAGGAAGCCAGCCAAUGUGUCCGUGUGAGCGAGGAUGGAGACUGGGUCAUGAGUACAGGCACAUACAAGCCUCAGAUACACGUCCACUAUCUUCCCCAUCUUUCGCUGUCAUUUGCGAGGCAUACCAAUACUCUUAACCAGACUUUCCACCUCCUCUCCUCCGACGCUACCAAGAGCGUACAUCUCCAGCAAGAUCGAUGCAUCGAGUUCCACACCGGUGGAGGCCUCCACUAUGCGAGCCGUAUACCACGUUAUGGUCGCGAUCUCAUCUACGACCGGAGAUCAGCUGAGUGUCUGGUACCCUCGGUUGGUGUAAAUGCAGACGGCAUGGGCGAGGUCUUCAGAUUGAACCUGGAGGUUGGACGCUUCAUGAGGAGUUACGAUAUCGACGUGGGUGGUGACGAUGUGACGACAGUCGGAGGUGGCGCUCUUCAGGGUGGCAUCGAUGCUGGUGCAGUCAAUACCGGUGCCAUUGCCGAACAAUCCCAUGGUCUGCUCGCAUUCGGUACUUCUAUUGGAACAGUGGAAUACUGGGAUUCGCGAUCAAGGAACAGAGUGGGCAUACUGUCAGCGCCCCCAGAUGCCUUUGAAGGAAAGUCGGAAAUCACGGCACUGACUUUCCCAUCGUCGGGCUUGGAGGUUGCUGUAGGAGACUCCAACGGCAUCGUACAACUCUACGAUCUUCGAUCACCGAAACCACUAUUGAGGAAAGACCAAGGAUACGGCUAUCCCAUAAAGAACAUCAUCUACCUAGACGGCGCGCAGACUGCCGAGCCCAAGAUCUUGACUGCAGACAAGAGGGUGAUUAAGAUCUGGGAUCCAAAGGAUGGCACACCAUGGACCUCCGUGGAGCCUUCGGUAGACCUAAACCAUGUUGAGUGGGUACCGAAGACUGGUAUGCUCUUGACCGCGAACGAAGGCAGGCAACAGCAUUCCUUCUUCAUCCCGCAGCUCGGUCCAGCCCCAAGAUGGUGCCACUUCCUCGACAACAUCGUAGAAGAAAUGGCCGAGGACCCCAACGACCCCAACGCCUUCGGCAAGGGCGCGUCUGGAGAUGUCUACGACAACUUCAAGUUCUUGACCCUGGAGCAGCUGAAGCAGUUAUCAUUGGAUCAUCUUGUCGGAACUACAAGUCUAUUGCGACCAUACAUGCACGGUUUCUUCGUCGCCCAAAAGCUGUACGAAGAAGCGCGACUCAUCUCGAACCCAGACUUGUGGCAAGAACAGCGCGCAAAGAGCAUCGCCGAGAAGAUCAGCAAAGAGCGAGAAAGCAGGAUCCGUGGCAACAAGAAGGUGGCAGUCAAGGUCAACAGAAAGCUCGCAGAGAAGAUGUUGGAAAAGCAAGAAGAGCAAGAGCGGAGAAGAGCCAAACGCGUCCUCAAGAAGGGUGGCGACGACGACAUGUUGGAGCCCGAUGCCGCCCCUGCCGUCGAAGAGCCCGCUAAAGCCGAAGGCGUUCUCAACGACCCACGUUUCGCAAAAAUGUUCGAAGACCCAGAAUUCGAAAUCGACGAGCAAACCCGCGAGUUCCAACAGCUCAAUCCCAGUACAAAGAUACCCAAGGGUCUUACUGCAGCCGAACAAGAAGAUUUGGAGUCAAGGAAAGGAUCUUCAGACGAAGACUCCGACGACUCGGAGGCCGACAAAAUCCGUCCUACCAAGAAACCACAACAAAAAGAAGACAAAUCCCGCAUUUCAUCCAGCAACUACCGCAAAGCAGGCCACCGAUCCCAACGCCCUGGCCCCGAAAUGGUGGUUUCGUCGUCAAACCAACGGAAAGCCGGUCCUACUGCCAAGGACAAGACAUUCGGCUCCCGCGUUUCCAAACUCAAGGACAGGAGACCGGCAUCGAGUGCUAAUACUACAACGGUGGUGGGUGAGAGGGAGAUUACCUUUGCGCCGGAGAGGAAGCAGAAGAAGAGACCGGAACAAGAGGGUCAGCGCCAUGAUCGGAGGAAACAGGGGGAUAGGAGGAAUGCUAGUAACAAUGUUUUUAGGAAUAUGUAG